UUUUGUUAUGCCGCUAAAGGAAACGCCUUUCCUGAGAAGUCGGAAGGAAGAGAGUGAGAGUGAGAGUGAGAGUGAGAGUGAGAGAGAUGGAGUUUGGAUUUUUGGGUUUGGGGAUAAUGGGUAAGGCUAUGGCAAUCAAUCUGCUACGCCAUGGCUUCAAGGUCACUAUUUGGAACAGAACCCUCUCCAAGUGUGAUGAACUCGUGCAACAUGGUGCUUCAGUUGGAGAAACCCCAGCAACUGUAGUCAAGAAAUGCAAGUAUACCAUUGCAAUGUUAUCUGAUCCUUCGGCUGCUUUAUCGGUUGUGUUUGAUAAAGAUGGUGUUCUUGAGCAUAUUAAUGGAAAAUGUUAUAUUGACAUGUCAACAGUUGAUGCUGAUACAUCUUCCAAAAUAUCUGAGGCUAUCAAAGCAAAAGGUGGUUACUUCCUUGAAGCUCCUGUUUCGGGUAGCAAGAAGCCAGCAGAAGAUGGCCAACUCAUAAUACUUGCUGCUGGAGAUAAGGCAUUGUAUGAUGAAGUGCUUCCAGCAUUUGAUGUACUGGGGAAGAAGUCUUUCUUUCUGGGUGAGGUUGGAAAUGGUGCAAAAAUGAAACUUGUUGUUAACAUGAUAAUGGGCAGUAUGAUGAAUGCUUUCUCUGAGGGAAUCACACUAGCUGAAAGAAGUGGUUUGAACCCUGGAACUCUUCUCGAUGUGCUGGAUCUUGGUGCCAUAAGUAACGGCAUGUUUAAAUUGAAAGGACCUACAAUGCUCCAAAACAGUUAUUCCCCAGCUUUUCCGCUGAAACACCAGCAGAAGGACAUGAGAUUAGCUCUUGCCCUUGGAGAUGAAAAUGCUGUAUCAAUGCCAGUAGCAGCUGCUGCAAAUGAGGCUUUCAAGAAAGCCAGAAGCAUGGGGUUGGGAGACCUUGAUUUUUCAGCAGUUCAUGAGACUUUGAAAGCUCCUGAUCAUUCAUCUUGACCAGAUGGAUCUCUGAAUUGAUUAAACCACUGUUAGGCAACAGUGUGAUGCGAACCAUCUAUUUAUGAAACAGCAAUUUGAGCAUAGGUCAUUAUUGUAGAAUCUUGUUGAAAUGAAUGAACCUUGUAAAAUUUUGCUACUUUCACUGCAAGAUUAAGCUAUAAAAUGCAAGAACAUUGGUUUAGUUCAACUGAUUGCAGACUUGUAGUGGACGGCUUGGCCAUCUGUUCACAGACGUUAAUUGUUUUAGUUUAUGUGAGUGGUUUGAAUAGGUUGCAUGACUAUUUUAUGAACCUUCGUGGCAUUAAAUGUUUGCUUUGAUUAGGC